CUAAGUUGGGACCCGCCCCUUAUUCGUACAACACGUGACAUGGAAGCAACAAAGAAGUGAUUUUGUACAGCAAGCUACGCUUAUUAUCUCGCUUUUUAGGGGCUUAUAACUUGAUUACUAGAAGAAGCAAACAUGUCAAAGGGUCCACCUGCUGUGUCCCUAGAGGACCAGGACAAGCUUCUCACCUCAGCUAUACAGCAAGUCAAGACCAAUUCCUUCAACAUGAAGACUUCUCUUGACAAUAACCAGCUGAUGGAUGCGCUCAAGCAUGCCUCCACCAUGUUGGGAGAGCUACGUACCUCACUGCUCACACCCAAGAGCUACUAUGAGCUUUACAUGAGCAUCAGUGAUGAGCUCUCUCAUCUGGAGCAGCACCUUUUGGAAGAAUUUGAGAAAGGGAGGAAACUCUCUGACCUCUACGAACUGGUCCAAUACGCCGGUAACAUCGUCCCAAGAAUGUACUUGUUGGUCACCGUGGGUACAGUGUACAUCAAAGCUAAGGAGGGCUCUCGGCGAGACAUCCUCAAGGACUUGGUUGAAAUGUGUCGUGGUGUUCAGCAUCCACUGAGAGGACUGUUCCUGCGUAACUACCUCCUCCAGUGCACCAAGAACCACAUUCCAGACACCUCCACUGCAGAUGAGAAGGACGGAUCUAUCGAAGACUCCAUCACAUUUGUCCUCCACAACUUUGCCGAGAUGAACAAACUCUGGGUCCGUAUGCAACACCAGGGCCACACACGAGAGAAGGAGAGGAGGGAGAAGGAACGACUGGAGCUGCGUAUCCUCGUGGGUACAAACCUCGUACGUCUGUCCCAGUUGGAGAGUGUAGACUCGAGCUACUAUCAGAAAGACAUUCUGCCCAACCUCCUGGAGCAGGUCAUCAAGUGCCGGGAUGCUAUUGCACAGGAGUACCUCAUGGAGUGUGUCAUACAGGUGUUUCCUGAUGAGUUCCACCUGGCCACACUCAACCAGUUUCUAAAGUCAUGUGCAGAUGUGCAGGAGUCUGUCAACGUCAAGAACAUCAUUAUUGCUCUAAUUGACCGAUUGGCCAAUUUUGCACACCGCUCGGACACAGGGGGAAUCCCCAAUGACAUACAACUGUUUGAUAUCUUCUCACAGGAAGUGUCCCUCGUUAUACAAAGCCGUCCUGAAAUGCCAUUGGACGAUGUGACUGCCUUGUACACGUCCCUAGUGAACCUUGCUCUCAAGUGCUACUCUGAUCGUAUUGACUAUGUGGACAAAGCUCUCGAGUGCACACUCAACGUUAUCACCAAGAGAGAGGCUGCCCCAAUCGACAGCAACCAGUCGAUAGGACGAGAACUCAUUCGCCUGAUGAAGGUCCCCUUAGACUCAUACGAUGAUUCACUGACAAUCCUCCAACUGAGCCACUACCCGAGACUCAUAGAGACUUUUGACUUCAAUGGCAGGAAGAUCUUAGCCUCUUACCUAGUGCAGAAGAUCGUGGACAAUGAGGCUAACAUCACUACAGCAGAUGAUGCUGAGGCGAUGUUUAAACUGCUCUCUCCUCUGCUCAAGGACCAGCCAGACGAGGGGGACAAGGGCAGACGUGACCCUGAGGACUUUGCGGAAGAACAAUGGGUGAUGGGACGGAUGGUCCACCUCCUUAAGGCCAGCUCAGCAGAUCAGCAAUACAUGAUUCUGAAUGCAGCGCGCAAGCACUUUGGCACUGGAGGAGACGAGAGGAUUGGCUACACUCUGCCCCCACUAGUGUUUGCUGCCUACAAGCUGGUCAUCAACUACUCCACUCUCAAGGAUGAGGACGCUCGUUGGGAGAAGAAGUGUGAACGUAUCUUCCAGUUUUGUCUUCAGACCAUCAACGCCCUCACCAAGGUCAAGCCAGAGCUCUCUCUGCGUCUCUUCCUACAGGGAGCACUCACUGCUGACCAGAUUGCAUCAGAGACUGUUACAUACGAGUUUAUCAGCCAGGCGUUCACACUGUACGAGGAGGAGAUCACAGACACACGUGCUCAACAGACAGCCAUAGCACUCAUCAUUGCAACCUUUGAGCGACUCACUUGCUUGGGAGAUGAUAAUCACGAGACACUACGUAACAACUGCGCCAUGUCGUCGUCACGGUUACUCAAGAAGCCAGACCAGUGUCGCUCUGUGGCCACCUGUGCUCACUUGUUCUGGUCAGGGCGGACCUCUAACGAGGGAACAGUCACAGAGUGUCUGAAUGGCAAGAGAGUGGCAGAGUGUCUCAAGAAGAGUGGGAGGAUUGCCAGUCAGUGCAUGGACAAGAGUGUGCAGGUCCAGCUCCUUGUAGAGCUACUCAACAUCUACAUGUACUUCCAUGAGAAGGAGGCAGCACAGAUUGGCUCGCCCCUGCUCAAGCAGCUGGUGGACAAGAUCCGUGAUGAGAUGCAAGCUCUCGAUGGUGAGGAAGCCGAGCAGAUCAAGAAACACUUUGAGAACUCUCUCGCACACGUCCAAUACGCACAUGAGUCCAAUGCGGCUUUGUACGAGGGUGUGGUCAAUAACUAGACCACACCCACUGUAGUUAUUGUAUUGAUUAUGUUAGUGGUAGUUUUCUUGAUGGGUUGUGUGUGUCUGUGUGUUUGUUGAACUCUCUCGUUAACUGUGUACAAUUGCUCUUUAUAAUUAUUAUAAUAAAAAUUAUUUAAUUAAUAAUAUUAUUUUGCAAAUGGCAUUGUGUUUGGAGUUUUCAUCUGAUUAA